AUGGCAAACAGACAGCAACGCCCGGGCAGCCUCGACUUCCGCUCGCAGUCCUUUGACCCUCCUUCCUCCGCUAACAACACAUUCAACAACAUCAACCACAACAACAACCACCUCGGCCUCGGAAACCUCGCCAGCGCCAGCAUGAGCAAUCUGACCCUCGGCUCAGACCUGCCAAGCCCGCGCACCGGCGAAGCACCGCCCGCCCUCUCUCCUCUGGACGCCCUCGCCCUCCAGGGCCGCCUGCUCGCAAAGCGAUUCGAGCAGCAGGACAAGAAUGGACGUCGCAUGAGCCGGAUUGCACCUCUCACCAUCCAGAAUGAGUUCGGCAACCGCCCCGGAUACUUCUCGAGCAUGUCCAACUCGACCGUCAACUCGCCCAACGAAGACGCAGGCCCCGUCAAGUCCCCACGACCCGAUGCCUCCCCAAGGCAGGAGGUGUCUUCGGACAAACGACACCAGUCCUACUACCCUCAGUUCAGCAUGGACGAGCCCGAGAUGCAGUAUGCCAUUGGGCCCCUGCAAAGUCCCAUGGCCACCAUUGCCGAGGCCAGUCCUGCCACUCCGCCACAGGGCUACUUCGACAUCCCCAGGUCGCACUCGCCCGAUUCCGUAGAGCCUCACAUUGGCCUGCGCGAGGCCACACCCGUCAGCCCCCACGUCCCCGUUGCCGCGCCCUCGCACAUGUUCCUCAGCCCGCAGAGGAAGCCGUCUGGUGGCUCUGAGCACUCGCAACAGUCGCAGCCGCGGUCGCAACCACGCUCUAACCUGCUUCCCCCGCGCUCGUCUAGUUCCCUCCACUCAACCCGCUCUCCGCGACAGUCACCAAGCAUCCGCUCUGUUGCCGUCGGGUACGAUGAAGUCGACGACAUGUCCCUCAGCGGAUCCUAUGAUUCUCUACACCAGAACCGCAACUUGUCUCCCAGCUCUAGCCUGUCUCGGGCCCAGUCCCCCUUCGCGCCUGCUACAGGCCCCACAAUGAUACCACGCUCGCCGUCAGCUGCAUCUGACUACUCGGUCAACGGCUCCAGCCUGCCGCGCCCCGCCUACAACUUCUCGAGACCCAACUUCUCACGACCCACCAGCCGACAGAGCGUCCGUCCGUCACUAGACGUCCGGUCUGACGUCGGGCCCUCACGACAAGCGUCAGACGAGAGCGUAAACAUGCGACCCUCGUUUGACAAUCAGCUCCUACGACAGGACUCCAGUGACAGCCCCACCGCACACUACGCGAGUGAGCAAGUUCACACACCCGUCAGCAUGGUAAGCGAGGACUUCCGUCGGUCAGGCGACUUUUCCAGCAACCCAGCCCCCUCCUACACAUACACCAGGUUCAACCUGCCUCGCGGCCGAGCCGUCGACCGCAAGUCUGUCGGCAUCGAGGAUUUUUUCAAAAGCCAGAUUACAUGGGAUCAACCAGGCCAGCAAAACCCUAACCAGACUCAGGCGCGUCCCCCUUCACCCGAAUCUCCACCAAGGUCCUUUGACCAAGCACGCCAACAGCAGCAGCAACACGGAGCCCCGUCCCUUACCUCCAGCAACAGCACCAUCCGUGCGCGAACUGCUGGCUCAGUUGGCGAAGUCACGGCCCAGCAGCACUGCGACAUGGGUCUUGAACUCCACGAAGCUGGCGAAUUACUCAAGUCAACUUACCACCUCCGUCUCGCAGCUCGCGCCGGUCUUCCCGAAGCAAUGUUUUGGUAUGGUCUCGCCUGCCGCCACGGCUGGGGCAUGCGCGUAAACCAAUCUGAAGCUUUACAAUGGCUUCGCCGCGCUGUUGAUAGUGGACAACUUGAAGUCGCAGACGAUGAAGUACAACCCGGCACUACUGAUCUUACCAAGAAGAAGCAACAUCGUGCUCAGUACGCCGUCGCCAUCUACGAACUAGGCAAGUGCUACGGCAAUGGCUGGGGCGCCCCGCAAGACAAGUCGCUCGCUCUCCGUUGCUACGAAAUUGCGGGUAACUGGGGCGACGCCGAUGCGCUUGUUGAAGCUGGAUACUGCUACGCCGAGGGUGUUGGCUGCAAGAAGAAUAUGAAGAAGGCGGCCAAGUUUUACCGUGCUGCCGAGGCAAAAGGUGUUAGCAUGGUUGGCAACAGUUGGAUCUACAAGGAGAAAUACAUGGAUGAUGGUUCGGAUGAGAGGUCGGGAAGAUCGGCCAAGCAAGAUCAUUCUAGUGCGGAGAAGAAGGCGAGGGAUAAGAGUCGGACGAGGACUAUGUUUGGGAGGAAGAAGAGUGCGGUUUAG